GUCACGCUGUCGGUGGAGGGCAACAUCUCGGCGGGGAAGAGCACCUUCCUGGAUGUGCUGUCACACGAGGAGACGCACCUGCGGGACAUCCUGAAGGUGGUGCAGGAGCCUGUGGAGAACUGGCAGGCGUAUGAGUGCCUGGACCGGCACGGGCGCGGCGUCACCGCCAACGUGCUGGAGAAGUUCUAUUCGGACCCGCACCGCUACGCCUACUCCUUCCAGCACUACGUGCUCAUGUCGCGCAUGAAGAAGGACCGCGACACGCGGCAGGCGGGCAAGGACCUGCGUGUGCUGGAGCGCUCCAUCUUCUCAGACCGCCAGGUGUUUGUGCGGGCGAUGCACCGCGCGGGGACGAUGGAGGACUUUGAGGUGUCGGUGUACAACACCAUCUUCGACCAGGAGGUGACGCACGACAUCGAGCUGGUGCCAGACGGCUUUGUGUACCUGCGAGCCAACCCGGGCACCUGCAUGCAGCGCAUGCGACGGCGGAACCGCGGCGAGGAGGGCGGCGUGAGCCAGGCAUACCUGGAGGAGCUGCACGCCAACCACGAGGACUGGCUGCUG